AUGUCUUCCGCUCCGGGAAUGGCACCACCUCCUGGUGUCCAGCAAUCCAACAACGCACAAGCUAACCGACAAAGCGGCCUGCCGCCUAACUUCCAAGCUCCCGCGAACCUCCCCAACAUCAACUUCAGUGCCCCCGUUAUUCGACUCGGAACCAUAGGCGCUAAGCCGGGCGGCCCAGAUGCUGGUAGGAAGGACGGCGGUACCCCGACGGGUGGCAGGCAGGGCCUGGGCAUGGACCGCGGAUACGAUCAGUCGCGGGCUGCCGCCAGAGAGCACAUGCAGUCGCUGGUCCCACCUACUAGCGAGGAGAAGCUGCGCACAUUGUUCGUCCAUAAGAUCCCCGAAGGUGUCAGAGGCGACGAGGGCAUCGAGAGAAUCCUCAACGCCGUAGGCAAACUCCGGAGAUGGGAUACCGCAGCCUCGGUCCUCUCUGACGGCAAAGGCACCAAGUUCGGCUUUGCUCAAUACGAGGACGCCGACUCGUUCGCGAGCGCUUCCGAUCUACUUCAAAACCUCGAGGUUCCCCUCAAGCGACAAGGCCCGGCGGAGGCACCUCCAGACGGCGACUCAUUCGAUGGAGUGGAAAUGGUCAAGCUCCAGGUUACGGUCGAUCCGAAUUCUCUCAAGUACCUCGAAUCGUACAAAGAGGGCAGAGGUGACGAUGGUGCCGCUGAGUCGAGGACGCAAGCUGCUAGGGAAGCAUUAAGGCAGGUUGUUCGGGACCUUGCGUAUCCCAAGACAGCUGCGACGACCGAUGGCGAAGGCGACGUGUCCAUGGGCAACUCUGGAGACAACGUUGAGGUUGUCAACAUCCCUCUGGCUCAAGAUGAUGAGCUCGCGGAUAUCCCUGCCGAGAUGAGAGAGGUUGUUGCUGCCGAGAUCGCGGCAUUCAGAGAACGCAGCAACAAACGAGACAUGGAGCGACUGAAGCGGGAGGAAGAGAUGGAGGAGAUGGAACGGAACCGCAAUGGCCCCUCUCGGCCGUCACGACACGACUCUCCGCCGCCGUCCAACUCCAACAACAUUCCUGUCGGCCCCCGUGGCAUGCACAACGCGCCAUCCGGGCCUAGAGGACAGAAUGGCAGCCGCACUACGGCCUUCGUGAAUGGAGGUAUUUCCAACGCCGAUCUCUCGAUCAACCGCGAGGAUGAGGAGACAGACGCCGACGACGAAGAGCUUUACCAACGGGAGCUUUCGAAGCAAAAGUCCGAGGAGGACAAGAUGUAUCUCGAGGCCGAGCGAAAAUGGGUCAACCGAGAGCGUUCUCGGGCGGCAGCUCUGGAACGUGAGAAAGACCGUGAACUUCAGGAAGAAGAAAGCCUGGAGAGACGGAUGCAAGAGCAGCUUGAGAGAGAGAAGGCCUGGGACGACGAACGAGAAGCAUCGAGGAAGAGUCACUUGUACUACCGCGACCAUGCAGCCUGGGUCAAAAAGCGGCAGGUCGAGCGGGCGGAUGAACAGGCCAGAGACGAGGCCGACCGAAGAGCCGAGGAAGACGAACGACGUAGAGAGGCUGCGGACAUGGAGAGGGCACGCGAAAUCCCCUCCGAAAAGGAGGGUUUGUGGAACUGGAGCGUGCAAUGGGACUUUUUGGACGAGAGCAUCAUCCGCGACAAGCUCCGCCCAUUUGUGGAGAAGAAGAUCGUCGAGUACCUCGGUGUCCAGGAAGAGAUGUUGGUCGAGGUUGUCGAGGAGCACCUCCGGAAACAUGGCAAGCCGUCAGAGUUGGUCGAGGAACUUGCAGCGGCUCUGGAUGACGAGGCGGAGGACAUGGUCAAGAAGUUGUGGCGCAUGGUCAUCUUCUUUACUGAGAGUGAGAAGAGAGGGUAUCCGGCGUAG